AUGCCUGAGGAAAUCCAUAAUAAUGAUAUUACUGCUAGUUUGCAUGAGGAGGCGACUCGUGUAUCUACCGGGGAGCCAACAACAUCGAUCCAUGUUGCAGAACCCAAUACUGCCAUUGAUGAUAUUGAAUUAGAGGACCAUAACGAUAUUGAUAGAGAUUUAGAGAUGAAUCAACCAGAAGAUGCAGAAAAUCAUGCAUCGGCUGCUCAAGAUGGUCUGCUGCCACCACAAUUUAGAGAAAGGGCAGCAAGACAAAUAGACAACAUUGGUAGACAUUUUAAUAUAUUAGACAGAGUGUUUAGAAGACGACCUGAAGGUGAAUCGACACUAGCUGGUAUAGCAUCUAGUUUUGACGGUGUUUUUAGUAACUUAACAGCUAAACCGGAUACCAACGAAGAUGAAAGAAAUGCUCAAAAUGAUGCUUUACCAUCUUAUGACGAAGCUGCAGCAGAUAAUGUUCCUUCUUACUAUGGGAUGGAUUUGAGUAACUCUGACAUGUACGUUGAUGAAAUUUGUAUUGAGGGCUUACCAGUAGGUAAUGCAGCCAAUUUAUUUUGGAAUAUCAUUGUCAGUACGAGUUUCCAAUUUGUCGGAUUCCUAAUUACAUAUAUUUUGCAUACAUCACAUGCUGCUAAACAAGGGUCAAGAUUUGGACUAGGCCUAACGUUUAUAGGGUAUGCUUAUUCUAUGAUCCCCAACAACGUGACCUCUAAAAUCGGUAAAUACAAGACAAUUGACAGGUAUCAAUUAACCAAUCCUAAUUCAUAUGAUAAUUUAGAGAUCGAUUCAGAUUCUGUGACACAAGAUCAAUUUGAAUCUAGCCUAAAUCAUGGUUUUGAAGAAGAAAAACAGAGUUUACCUACAUUAGCUGUGCUCAUCGGUAUACUGGGAGCAUUUAUUACCAUCAAAAGUUUUGUCGAUUAUAUCAAGGUGAAAAGAAUGGAACGUACAUAUGCUUCACAAGAUAGAUUUUAA